GACGACUCAGCAGCAACGAAGAUCAACGUAGAAAUUAAUAGUAGAAGUGUCCCGAAGAGGCUCAAGCCAUGCGGCCAAUCCUCUUUAUCCUGAUCUGCCUUACAAAUACGGCUUUUUCAUACUAUUCUAAAAAAACUCGAUUUGAUCGUUCGAUUAAUGACAAGUUAGAUGAGUCAAUCAACAAAGAAUGGGCUUUCACUGAUGAUCAAACGUUUUUCACCGCUUAUAAAGAUAGAAAAGAAAAUGCCUGUUAUCUGGAGAGAUUGAAAAAAGAUCAAAUAAAACAUCAUCAGGAUGUUUCGAUACGAUAUCGCGAAAAACAGAAUUCAAAAGUUCUUUAUGUUCCAAAUGAGACAUUAACAAAGCUAGAGGCAUGGCGUGAAGCAGGAGGUCGGAUCGUAGAUUUUUGCCGAGGUCGUAAUAUUUAUCUCCUUCAAGAAACUAAACCAAUCAUAGGAAAUGAUUUGGAUCCCUUCUUAAACGAGAUUCCAAUCGAUGAAAAUGAUAUCUCGUCGAAAAGAGUUGCUGAUAUUGUACUGAUACCGCUUCUCAGUCGAGCUAAGAGAGAAAUUCAGUUAGAGAAUCGGAAAAGAUUGAACGAAGAAUUUGAGAAAAUUCGAAUGCGUCGUCAAACGUCACAGUUUCGUGGAAGGUUCCGAGGACAAACUCAAUCGCAAUAUUUAAAUCUUGGUAACGAUGGACAAACAGAAGGCAAAGCCGAAGCGGAAGCAACGCAGCAGUCAUCUCGAGCAGUUGUUGCUGGUAAUCAUGGUAUGGGUCAAGCACAAAGUAUGUCUUCAAGUGGAAGUGGUUGUGAAGAGUGUCCAGGAUAUCAACCUGAUUAUGCUCUUCACGUAGAUCCAGGUAAAUUACAGAUUCAAGAUUUACCUAGAGAAGGACAAUAUGUGACUGGACCAGGUGCUGUUGGAACUCCAGGAAGAAUGGUAGAUUAUCCUGGAAGUAUGGUAUCUGGCACUGGACCAAUAGGAGGGGUUGAGCAAUAUCCUGAAGCUAUAGUUCCUGGAUCUACGGUACCAAAAACUACUGUCCCUGAUUGGCAAACUUAUCCUGGAGGUAUUCAACCAGGAACUGGAACAUAUCCCACUGGACCGAUUGGACCGGGAAGUGUAACACCAGGACAAUAUCCUGGUGGUGUUGUAUCAGGUGGAGCUUAUCCAGGUGCAUUUGUGCCAGGAAGUGUUCCAAUUUAUCCUGGAGGUGUCAUACCAGGAACACCAGGAACACCAGGAGGUAGUAGACCAUAUCCUGCUGGUACUGUACCGGGAACUGGUGUAAUGUACCCUGGUGGUGUUCCAUCUGGAACUGUACAAACUGGAGGUGAUGUAGCAUAUCCUGGUGGCAACGUAAUAGGAACGAAAGUAAUAGAUGGAACUGGAGUAUAUCCUGGAGGUACUGCACCGGGAAGUAUACCAACUGGAGGUGGUGUAACAUAUCCAGGUGGACCUGUAACAGGAACUACAACAACAGGAGGAACUGGAGUAUAUCCUGGAAGUCCUGCACCGGGAAGAGUGCCAACUGGAGGUGGUGUAGCAUAUCCAGGAGGACCUGUAACAGGAGGAACUGGAGUAUAUCCUGGAGGUACUGCACCGGGAACUGUACCAACUGGAGGUGGUGUAGCAUAUCCAGGUGGACCUGUAACAGGAACUACAACAACAGGAGGAGUUGGAGUAUACCCUGGAGGUAUUGCACCGGGAAGUAUACCAACUGGAGGUGGUAUAACGUAUCCAGGUGGACCCGUAACAGGAACUACAACAACAGGAGGAACUGGAGUAUAUCCUGGAGGUACUGCACCGGGAAGUAUGCCAACUGGAGGUGGUGUAGCAUAUCCAGGUGGACCCGUAACAGGAACUACAACAACAGGAGGAACUGGAGCAUAUCCUGGAGGUACUGCACCGAGAACUGGUGGUGCUAUACCAGAAACUAUAACAACAGGUGGUGGAACUUAUCCUGGAACUAUAAGAGGUACUGUAAUACCUGGAGGUGUUCCACCGGAAGCACUACGUCAACCUGGAGAACAUUAUCCAGCAGAAACUUCAAUUCCAGGGGUUUCUUAUCCGACCGGUACUGGAACAGGUGGAACGGUGACAUAUCCUGGUGGAGUUCCACCUGGAGUAGGCAUAACAGGUGUUGUUGCUGGUCCAGGAGUUCCUAUAGUAGGUGCUGGUGGGAUGUAUCCUGCUGGAAUUCCUGGUACUGUUAUUACAGAAAGUCCUGCUUAUCCCGGUAGAGUUGUCACAACAGAUGGAAGAGGAGUUUCUGGUGCAGGAAUUCUUCCUAAUAUUGUUACAGCUGCUAAAACAGACGUCGGUACUUCUAUAUCCUAUCCUGGAAUAUCACAUGGGAUACCGGGAGUUAGUGGUACUGGUAUCAUUACUCCGCAAGGUGGAGUAGCGCAACCGGGUAUGACUAGAUUUAUAACUCCAGGAACCGUAUAUCCAGGGGCGCCUUUACCAGGAAGUGGAAUGACUAUUACAGGUGGAGCUUAUCCAGGUUCUAGUGUAUUUUUGCCAGGAGGCGUUGGAUCUUAUCCUGGAGGUGUCAUACCAGGAACAGGAUCUACAGGAACAGGAGGUGUACAGUAUCCUCCUUCCGGAGUACUAUCUCCUGGUCAAAUUACAAAUAUUCCUGCGGGUGUUCCUGGUAUCUCUCAAUAUCCUACUAUUAAUCAAUACUAUCCAGGUGGAAUUGGCGGCCAAAGGAUUCCAGGUCAAUAUCCAGGAGGCACCGUAGAGGCGUCACAAUUUUAUCAAAAACCUAAAGAUACUUCGCUGACGAGUGCAGAAGAUGAUGGUGCAGAUACCCAAGCAUCUAGUUCCGUAAAACAAGUUGAUUCUGGUACAGAAGCAAGUGCAUCCGCCCAAGGUAAAUACGGACAGGGUACUGCACAAUCUCAAGUGUCCGGAAUUUACAGUGGUUCUGCAUCAUUUUCGGCGCAAGCUGGUACCAGUGAUAUUAAUAGAAGUGCUCAAGCCGAAAUAAGUGGCGGCAAAGACGGUGCUGUAAGUAAUGCAGAAGGUGUCGGUGGUCGUGGAAAAAGUCAAGCGCAGGUUCAAUUAAAUUCUGAUUCUGGUGCUACUUCGACGGGAGCUCAAAGUAGCGGUUGGAAUCAUGGAACAACUUCUCAGGUGCAAGCCAGUUCCAAAGGUGGAAUGGCAGAUGCACAAGCUAAUGGCGAAGGUAGCACUUCUAGUCAGGCACAGAUUGGAUUUCAGCCAUAUUUAAAAAAUGAUAAUAAAGUCGAAAAACAUUCUCUUCCCUUCCGUGGUGGAGGUACGGCGUCUGCUCAAAGUGGAACUCACAGAGGUCAAUCCCAAUCUCAAUUACAGGGAUCAUUUCAAUACGGUAUCACUUAUACCGGUGCUGCACAGGCUGGUUCAGGAUCAGGCGCAGCAGCUUCUAGAAAGCCAUUUAACUUCAAUCUUACUAAUCCUGAAAUUUAUAGGUCGUAUAAACCGAGUAAUAUACCAUCGAUAUUUAAAAACGACGCCACGGAAGUAACGAAUGUCCCGAGUGAUGCCGAUUUCAGUCGUAUUCAGGCACAACGGGGUUUACAGACAAGCUCAAGUUCUCGACAAACGGUUGUCAGUGGUGUAUCGAAAGAAAAAGUAGAAACUUCAAUCAAUAAGAAAGAACAAUCUAUGGACAACAAACACGCAGCAGCUGAACCAGUUUAUGGCGAGGAGGAAUACGAAGAUCAGUAUGAAGACGAAGAUUAUGAUUCACCUGUCGGACAAAAUCCUCCACCCAACUUAGAAACUUUUUCUUCUAAUAAAAAACUAGAAGAUCAACAUCAAUCGCAAAUGAUACAGAUCGGUAAUGCUAAUCGAUAUGAUGUUCGAGUCACUCAGGACUCAAAUAUUGCACAAGGAGGUGACAAAUUACAACCAGGUCAAUCCUUACCAGGUUAUACCAUUCCACCUGGUUUUCGUGGAAGAGUAUUGUCGAUUGCCGGUGAUGAUACAGUUGCUAAAGGCGAUGGAAAAGCUCAAUCGCAAACUGUUGCACUAAUUCCAGCGCAACCGAAUACUACUCUUGAAAACAAAUCGCUUGUUUCGGAAACACGAUCGCUUCAUAACAAUUAUCCUCGCUUUACAGGAACUCCUACUUCUAAAAAUAAUGGUGAUCAUCUAAACACUCCUACUCGAUCGUCCUCUAAUAGUUUUCUUACGCGUGAUUUGGACAAAUCGAUUAGACCUAGUUAUUACACUGUAACAAAUAGUGUCGCUGGUAAAAUAGAUGAUAACAAAAGCUCUCAAAAAAAAUACGAACAUCGGUAUUAUACUAAAAGUUCCACAUGCGGAUAUUUUACAUUUUCUUGCAAUAUCGUAUACGGUUCUAAUGGUAGAACAAAGAUUUGCAAACCUAAAGUACCAACAUAUCCCGAUGGUACACCAAUGAAGUGUUAAUUAAUCAUAUUGCGUAUUAGAUUAUUUUAUAUAUAUAUAUACAUAUUGUAUUAUUUUAUAAUAUUCACUAGUAAAAUUUUUAUUGUCCAUUUAGUAUAUAUAU